AGGGGGCGGUGCUUCUCCUGACAUGGGGCGGUGCUUCUCCUGACAGGGGGCGGGGUCUUCUCAACAUUCCAGACGUCCUGCACCAGGACGCCGCACGGGAUUGGUGGAAGAAUCCGUGUCGAGCUCUUUCCACGCAGCCUAUUGGCUCAUCCUAGUGUCAGUCACGUGAUCCUCACCGCUCUGACAGAUUACUAUGGAAGAAGGUGAAAAAAAAAACAAAAAACCAAAAUAAUCUGAGGGGCGGCCAUCUUGCCUGUGCUCGUUCAGGACAGAGUGGAAGUGAGGACGAGACGAACCCAGCGGGGAGCACCGAUCCUCGUAUGUUUAUCUCGGUCCAGUCCGGGCUCAUUUACGCUAACGGAGGCCUGUGUGGUUCUGUUUGCGGUUUGUGGUUCACCUCCUCGGUAUCCAGGCAGGAAACCACUCCGACUGUUAGCUUCGGAGCUAAGCUAACAGCUAGCCGGGCCAGCUAGCUGUCCGGUGACCGAGCUGUGGUCGUCAGAGGCGGCUCAACGGCAGCAGCUUCGCUCGGUGGACUCUGACCUCGGAUCUUAUUUCACACGUUAACAUGUUGUGAACACGGUCGGUUGAGCUGUGUGGAGACAAAGUGGAGGUUUGUGUAUCUGCAGCUAACGGGGGUUAGCGACGGUUAUUUAGCUCGACUUAAUCCCGCUUCAGAAAUCAGUGCAAACCGAUGAAAAUGUGCAGUUUGACACCAGAGAAGAAGAAGAAGACUGUUUAUCUGCUGCAUGCUGCACACACCCGGACUGUCACACGCCAACAAUGACUUUAACGUUAGCCGUUAUUACACCGUCAAGAAACACCGUUUGAUCCCAAAGUCAGCUGAUAUAAACGGCUGUGUCCGCCUCUCUCACCGGGCCUGUCCUCACACACACCGGUUACAUCUGCAGCUCCGUGUCCUGGAAAUGUGUCAUAUUUUAUCACGGUAAACCGGGACUGCAUCAGAUGUGUAACCGGUACUCGGUGUCCUCUACACGGAGCAGUUAAAGGGACGUGAGAAUCCACGUUGGGAUUAACAGUAAAAUUAAGAAUUUCUGUCUUUGGAUCCACAAUGGGAUCAGCCACCAAACUGGCCUUCAGUGUCUUCCUCAUCUCCUGCUCCUCAGGUGCCAUCCUGGGCCGCUCAGACACUCAGAAGUGCGUCCACUACAACUACAGCCCUUCCUCCUCCUCCUCCUCCUCCUCCUCGUCCUCCUCAGCGUUGGGUAGUCGGGGGAACCUCAGCGGGGUGGUCACCUGCUCCGGAGAGAAAGAUAAGAGACUUCACUGCUUCGCCACCUGGAAGAAUGUCUCUGGAGUGGUUCAGGUGGUCAAACAGGGCUGCUGGCUGGACGAUGUCAACUGUUACGACAGGAGUGAAUGUGUGGAGAGGAAAGAUGCUCCUGAAGUCUUCUUCUGCUGCUGUGAAGGAAGUUUGUGCAACGACAAGUUCUUCUACAGCCCUGACAGCUACCUGCCACCAGUAACAACGACGAACAAACCAGUGACUCAGAAGACUCCAGUGCUGACCACUCUGAUGUACUCACUGGUUCCCAUCAUGGCUGUAACCGCCAUCGUCCUCAUCUCCUUCUGGAUGUACCGUCACCACAAACUGGCCUACCCACCUGUCCUGGUGCCCACACAGCACGCCUUUCAUAUAAUGAUCGAGGACCCCGGCCCGAUGCCCCCCUCCCCCAUCCUGGGUCAGAAGCCACUGCAGUUACUGGAGAUCAAAGCCAGGGGGCGCUUCGGCUGCGUGUGGAAGGCUCAGCUGCUCAGUGAAUAUGUGGCUGUCAAAAUCUUCCCCAUCCAGCACAAGCAGUCGUGGCAGAACGAGUACGAGAUCUUCAACCUGAACGGGAUGAGACACGAAAACCUGCUGCAGUUCAUGGGAGCCGAGAAGAGAGGGAAUAACAUGGAGCUGGAGCUGUGGCUCAUCACCGCCUACCAUGAGAAGGGUUCUCUGACAGACUACCUGAAGGCCAACGUCCUCUCCUGGUCUGAACUGUGCCUCAUCGCUCAGUCCAUGUCGCGAGGUCUCGCCUAUCUGCACGAAGACAUCCCUGGACACAAGGACGGACACAAACCCGCCGUCGCACACAGGGACUUUAAGAGUAAGAACGUGCUGCUGAAGUCGAACCUGACCGCCUGCAUCGCUGACUUCGGCCUCGCUCUCAGGUUUGAGGCGGGGAAAUCUCCUGGAGACACACAUGGACAGGUGGGGACCAGGAGGUACAUGGCCCCGGAGGUCCUGGAGGGAGCCAUUAACUUCCAGAGAGACGCCUUCCUGAGGAUAGACAUGUACGCUGUGGGUCUGGUGCUGUGGGAGCUCGCCUCGCGCUGCAAAGCUGCAGACGGUCCGUUGGACGAGUACAUGUUGCCGUUUGAGGAGGAGGUGGGUCAGCAUCCGUCUCUAGAGGACAUGCAGGAGGUGGUCGUCCACAAGAAGCUGAGACCAACGCUCAGAGAGUGCUGGCAGAAACAUGCUGGUCUGGCGGUGCUCUGUGAGACCAUCGAGGAAUGCUGGGAUCACGAGGCUGAAGCUCGGCUGUCGGCCGGCUGUGUGGAGGAGCGUGUCGUUCAGAUGCAGCGGCAGACGAGCGUCACGGGGCCAGAGGAGAUCGUCACGGUCGUCACCAUGGUUACCAACGUGGACUACCCUCCUAAAGAGUCGAGCCUAUGACGAGGCGGAGGACCAAUCAGAACGGAGCAGGGACUCCCUCUGUGAGCGGCUUCGGUCUCUGACCGGACACUCAGGUGACCUGCUGGGCGGUCAGGUGACCUCUGGUUGCAGGUGAGCCUCAGACUGAUGAGGACAACAUGGCGGAGAGUCUGUCUCUCUCUCUCUCUCUCUCUCUCUCUCUCUCCGCAGGGUGAGCCACACUGAUGUCCACCCUCUGACAUCAGUUCCUGUUUUGUAUUACAAAAUAAAAGACUUCCUGGACAGAGUUUUUCUACGAGAUAAUGUGACGUUUGAGAAUAAAAAGGGCGACUGUAGUUUUUAGACACAUGCUGUUCUCCGUUUGUCUGAAUGAUGCCAACAACAAACAGCUUCUGAAUGUCUCUAUCACUGCUGUAUAUAAAUAUACAGAUUAUUAUUAUUAUCAUAUAUAUAUAUAUAUACAGAUAUAUUUACAUCGUCAGCUGAGAGUUUAAUAAUCAGGUUAUUGAUCCAGACGGAUCUUUCGUCAGACGUUUGCUCAUUGAGGAGAAAGUGGAGUCGACACUGACGGAGUUGGAAGAUUGUAAGGUUUAAUGAGCUAAAGUCAAAGAAAUAACAAGAAAUAUAACAAAUAGUCAGCCUUCGUUUAUUUAUUAAUUAAAUUAUGAUCACAGUUAAGAACAGAGGUUGGGUAUCGUUUAGUUUUCUCUGAUACUGCUGCUAAAACCAUUAAAAAAAAAACAAUGUUAAGGACGUGAAAGAAGUUUUAUUACAAAGGCAAAUAAAACUUAAAACUAAACGACUUAAUAUAAAUACGUACGGAUAAAAAACACUAUUAACAAACUCACAUCAUUAACAAAAGAAAUCUAAACACUAAGAACAGUUACAACAGAGUUGGGAUCAAAAACUCGCAGCUGAGAUCGUCGCUACAAUAAAAAAACCUGCUCCACCUUAACAGCCUGGUCAGGUUCCAGCACUUCUGGCACAGACUUCUCUGUGGUGAUUGGGCACGCUGUGUUCAGGUCGUACAGGAAGCGGUUCAGUGUUUUAGCACCUAUGCUAAUUAAUAAUGUUGAAGGCAAACCAGUGUUUUAUUCUGUAAAUUAAUUCUCCUUUAACGAGAGUUUAUUUUUCAGAUUCAACAUUUAAAAUGUCAGAAAAACUGGUCUGUUUAUGAAACUUCUGAGACGUUUGAGAAACUGAACUUUUGUAAAGUGCCGUCACUUUGCUGCAACAAACUGCAUUAAAGAAUCAGUCUGUUCCACUGUCGAAACAUUAAUCAAUAAAUGUGAUUAAUACGUCUUCUUAAAUAAAUAAAUAUCACAGUUAAGAUUCAAGAAAACACUAAGGAUUGAUUAUUUUCAAUCUGUCAGUAAGAGUCUGAAAACUGUCACAUAUUUCACUGUUUUAUUUAUUAAAUUACUCAUCAUGAGGAUACUGAUCAAUAAUCAGUCGUGUUUCACUUUAUUUUAUUGAUUUUAAAAGUGAAAUCAUGUCUGAUUUAAAAGUUUCUCCGUAUUCAAAAUCAAAUCAUGUUUUUUAAUGACUUGUUUCGAGUUUGUUCAGUUUGAGAUUCAGGUCCUUCAGAUUUAAAGAUUAAAUGUGUCGAGAAGAAAAACCUGAAGAUUAGAAAGUGAAACACUAAAGAUGAAUAAUAAAUAAAGAUGAGUUAUAAAUAAAUCCUGGUCAGGUUUGCAGUGAAUAUUAAAAGCAUGACUUUAUUACUUUACUUUUAUUUUCUAAAAAUCUCUGUUUGGUUACUUCCUGUUUGUGGUUUGUUCUGACAAAAUAAAGUUUUUAACAUCUUAAAAAAAUUCAUUAACAUAUAUGUUUUAUUCUGAAUUGAUUGUAACGAGUAUCAGGAUGAAUUUCUAAAGUCGUCUCGACAAAAAACAAAUAAUUUGAACCUGAAAAGCCAAAACACAAAUAAUUAUUUCUAAACUGAAUCUGACAGAUAUGAAGAAAUGUAAAUUAUAAAAAUUGAACUGGUAUAUUUUGAAAUAUAUAAAUUAUAAAUAAUUAAACUGGAGGACAGAAAGAAAUGUAAGAAAUGUAACUGGAGGAUAUAAAGAUGUAAAAAUUAUAAAUAUAUAAAGUUUUAUCAAAGAGUUGAAUUUAUUGAUUUUGUAUUUUGACUCUUCCGAUGAUGUUUGUCGGCUCCGUUUGUUUUCUAAACGUCUCAGGAAAGAUGUUGUCUGUCCCGCCGCUUGUUACCCAGCAGGCCUUUCUCUGCUUUGAAUCGGCGUCACGUUCAUGUCUCUUUAUUUCGGAAGAUGAACAAGUUGAUUUUGUCUCUGUGUAAAACUGGAAAAGUUUGAAUUUGGAACAAAACAAUCUGCUGACUUUUAGUCGCAGCUCGAAAUCGUUCCGUCUCUGAUUUUUAACGAUGAAGUCUUGGUGACGUGAUGGUUCAGUGGUCGUCUUGUGUAAAUUGUAAAUCAGAGCAUCAGACGAAUCCACUAUGAACCACAAAUAGAGAUGUUCAGGGACCCAUAGGAAAUCAGAAGACUUUGACCUUUUCACCUCGCUGCAGUCUGAUUUUAUAAAAGCUCCAGCAGAGCGUCGUCACACUGGUCUCCAGUCCGACGGUCUGCUCCUCCUCCUCCUCCUCCUCCUCUUUCUUCUUCUUCUUCUUCUUCUCUCAGUGUUUUUAAAGACCAAGUGUUCAUAUUCAGAAAGAAGAAGAAGUCGUUAUCUGACAGGAAGCCAAACGACGGAACAGUUUGUACAUAUGAAUGUUGAUUUUAGCAUGAGUUUGUUUUUUAAAAAAGAUAAAAAAAAAAAAAUCUUUAUAAUGUUAAUAUGACAGAUAGAUUUUAUAUGACGAUGAUGAUGAUGAUGGUACUGUACAAAUGAUAAACUAUCUGGGUUUUAUGUUGAAAACUCACAACACUAACUUCCUGUGGAGGAAGAUGUGUGUGCGUGCGUGUGUGUGUGUGCGUGUGUGUUAGAUACCUCAGACUUCCCUGCUGGUGCUCACCUCACGACAUCAUCAUGACAUAAUUGUGACAUCAUCCUUCUUCUCCUCCGUCGUCGUUCAGGGCGACGACACAAAUCUGACCCUCAGCUUCUCCUUCAGUUUCCUGUUUGGUUUUAUUUCAGUGUUUUAUUUCACUUCAUUAUUUUGGUUCUUUGAACGUUUGGAAACAAAAAGUAAACUGAGAGAGCGUCACAUGUUUUAUUGUCUUAAAUCUACGAAGGCGACAGCUGGAGGCGUCGUUGCGUUAUGACCAGAGAGGUGUCAGAAUUAGGAGAAACAUAAUCUGAGUAAUAACAAGGGCUGCUCCUGACUGAGAAUAUUCCUAGUCGACCAACAGUCGUCAUUUAGGGCCAUUAGUCGACUAGUCGCCGCAUGUUUACGAUACUAAUGUAAUGAUUAAAUGAUAUCUUUUGGUGGUUUGAGUUGAAGGUGUGAGAAAG